AUGCCGAGCUGGAGACUGCUGGCUCAGGCCGGCGUCCAAGUGCUGGGCCGCGGUGCUGCCGCCCCGGGUACUGCCGGGGGAUUGGGGGACAGAACAAACAUACGGCUUUUUGUUAGAAAUCUCCACGGCAAGAGUUGCACUUGGUGGGAUGAACAUCUUUCUGAGGAAAAUGUCCCAUUUAUUAAGCAGUUGGUCUCUGAUGAGAAUAAAGCCCAACUGGCAAGUAAACUGUGUCCUCUGAAAGAUGAACCGUGGCCACUACUUCCUUGGGAACCAGGUUCCUUUAGAGUUGGCCUUAUUGCACUGAAGCUGGGCAUGAUGCCUUUAUGGACCAAGGAUGGUAAACAGCAUGUGGUCACAUUACUUCAGGUACAAGACUGUCAUGUCCUGAAAUACACCCCAAAGGAAAAUCAUAAUGGAAAAAUGGCAGCCCUAACUGUAGGAGGAAAAACUGUAUCACGUUUUCAUAAAUCUCCAUCCAUAUUGGAAUUUUACCAAGAACUUGGAUUACCGCCAAAGCAGAAAAUUAAAAUCUUUCAUGUGACAGAUAACGCUGUAAUUAAACCAGGCACUCCUCUUUAUGCUGCACAUUUUCGCCCAGGACAGUAUGUGGAUGUUACAGCCAAAACUAUUGGUAAAGGUUUCCAAGGUGUCAUGAAAAGAUGGGGAUUUAAAGGCCAGCCUGCUACUCACGGUCAAACAAAAACCCACAGGAGACCUGGAGCUAUUUCAACUGGUGAUGUUGCCAGAGUGUGGCCUGGUACUAAAAUGCCUGGACAAAUGGGAAAUAGAGAUAGGACAGUACUUGGACUUAAAGUGUGGAGAAUAAACACAAAGCACAAUAUAAUCUAUGUAAAUGGCUCUGUGCCUGGGCAUAAAAAUUGCUUAGUAAAGAUUAGAGAUUCUAUCUUGCCUACAUAUAAGGAUUUCUGUAAAAAUCUACCAUUCCCUACAUAUUUUCCUGAUGGAGAUGAAGAGGAACUACCAGAAGAUUUGUAUGAUGAAAAUGUGUGUCAACCCAGCGCACCUUCUGUUACAUAUGCCUAA